GGCUACUAAUCCUAACAAGUGUUGACCACGUGGACACAAAAGAAGGCUAGACAAGAUGGCCCAGCAGUUACAGAAGCUGUUUCAAAGUGGUGGUGGAAUACCCAAGGGCACUGGGAUUGGACUACAGCUGUUAGGGACUGCAGCUGUCAUUGGAUACGGAAUAUCUCAGUCACUGUACACAGUCACACUCCUUCCAGUUGAUGGUGGUCAUCGUGCCAUCAUAUUCAGUAGAAUCAGUGGAGUCCAGAAAACCAUCUAUGGGGAAGGUCUUCAUUUCCGCAUACCUUGGUUCCAAUACCCCAUAAUCUAUGACAUUCGUGCUCGCCCCAAGCUCCUCACAUCUCCGACUGGAUCCAAGGAUCUGCAGAUGGUCAACAUUGGACUGAGAGUGCUCUUCCGACCCAGUCAGUCUGAGCUGCCGAGCUUGUACCGUCAACUGGGCCAGGACUAUGAUGAGAGAGUAUUGCCUUCUAUCUGCAAUGAGGUGUUGAAGGCUGUGGUCGCUCAGUUUAAUGCGUCCCAACUCAUCACUCAGCGUGGAAAGGUUAGCAAUCUGGUGAGGGAACAGCUUGUGGAGAGGGCGAAAGACUUCUUCCUCGUUCUGGAUGAUGUGUCACUUACUGACUUGAGUUUUGGCAGAGAAUACACAGCCGCAGUGGAGUCCAAGCAAGUUGCUCAACAAGAGGCUCAGCGUGCCACGUUUGUGGUGGAGAAGGCUAAGCAAGAACGACAAGAAAAGAUUGUACAGGCUGAGGGAGAGGCUGAAGCAGCCACAAUGAUUGGUAAAGCUAUUGCUGGCAACCCUGGAUAUCUCAAGCUGAGAAGAAUUAGAGCUGCACAGACCAUUGCAAGGACGAUUGCACAGUCCCAAAAUAGAGUGUACUUGAAUGCAGAGACUCUAAUGCUCAAUCUCAAGUCAAUGGAAGUUGGUGAAAGAGAGCUUCACACACCAAUUAAAAAGUGAAACACUGUUAGAUAUUAUUUUGUUACUGCCUAUAUAGAAGAAAAUUCAUGUUUAUGUAGCUAUUUUGGUUGUUUGAGUGUUUGUGAAUGGGAACCGUGAA